AUGAACCUUUUUAGAUGGGUUACAAAAUCUGAUCAAACUAAAGGCGGGUCGAAGGAGGCGGAUCGGCCACAAAAAGGUCGAAAGAAGAAGUCAAAGGGAUAUAGACAGCGAUCAUUUGAAGAAGUUUCGAAGAGAUCGAAAACACAAGCAAAUGUUGGGGAAGGCAAAAGUUUAAUGACUGCACCUACAACACAAGGAAGUUCCGAGCCAUUCAGACGACGACUGUCUAAAGCAGCCAGACGUGCACAGGUUAAAGUAUUUGUUGAAGAAACUCUUAAGAAAGGCGUCAAAGGUCUUGUUGCUGAGUUUAGAUCUAUGAAACGAGUGAAUGAUUUCACAAAAAUGACGGAAUUUUUAGCACAAAUUCCUGAAGGACGUAACCGUUAUAAGGAUGUAGGAUGCUUGGAUAACGAUAGAGUGAUUCUAAAUAUUGGCCCAGUUCCAUAUAUACACGCUAAUUACGUAGCUACUCCGAUGAGCCCGAAACGAUUUAUUUGCACUCAGGCGCCAUUACCAAAAACUUGUCCUGAAUUUUGGUAUAUGGUCGUUCAAGAAAAGUCCACUGCCAUCUUAAUGUUGUGUAAUUUUAUCGAGCAGAAAACAAAGAAAUGUGCAGAAUAUUUUCCCAUGGAGCCUGGGGAACCACUUUUCUUUGGAGAAAAUGUUAGCGUUCAACUGAAGAAACAAGAGUUCUUCCCCUUUCCUUUUGAGACGAAAGUGAAAGUAAUGGUCAGAGAGUUGGAAGUGAAAGUCCCCGAUCAACCUGCGCACACUUGCAUGCACUACCACUGGAUGGAUUGGCCGGAUCGUGGAGUACCGGAGGCGGAUCUGGCGCCAAUAUCACUUCUGGCACGAUUGAAGGAAUGCACCACUCCCAUAAUUGUGCAUUGCUCAGCCGGUAUCGGAAGAACUGGAUCCAUAGUGUUGAUAGAACACGCGUUAGAGUUACUUCAUCAACCAGCUCCACUCCUAGAAAUUUCCGGAUAUCUUCUAGAAUUACGAAAACAAAGAAACAAUAGCAUACAGACGGAACAUCAGUAUUUAUAUAUCCAUCAAGUAUUACUCUUGUAUCUAAAGAAGACAAAAUUCCUAGAUGAUAGUUUAACACCAUUCUUGGAUUCGUUUACGGAGGAUUACGUCGCUGCCACAAAAGGAUUUUAA